AUGCUGGAAGAUCAACUAGAUAAAAAUGAGGUCAUUGAAGACAAGAAAGUUGAAAUUACCGAAGAAAUAGAUACUGCUGAAUCUGGUCAACUGAAACAACAAAAAAUUGAUGAAAUAAUGAAAUAUAAACAAGAAUCAACAUUACUUAUAGGUAAUUUAAAGCAACUACAACAUUUAAAUGAUAAAUUACAAAAUGAUUUAAUAUAUAUACAAGAUUAUAUAAGUAAACUAAUAAAUCAAUAA